CCAACGCCAGCAUGGGACUACCGAAUGGGCUACCGACUGCUAUUGCAGUCUGGAUGGCACCAGCCCCAUGUCGCGACCUAUACCAUGGAGAUGGGUAUCUGGAGACGCGAGACGUGGAGAGCGGAUAUAUAGUGUGCCCAGUAUCCCUCCACUGAAACAGCAUCAGCAUCUCGCUCUUCGUCUCUCACUAUCUGGGAUUUGCCUCUACAGACAUAUAAUCUGUUGAUCCUUGGGCUCUAUCUACCUUCGUUCCCAAUCUUCAUCUUUACCCUACCAUCACCAUGGGUUUCUUUGGAAACAACGGCUCGCAAGAGCCUACUCUGGACCAAGUCCACGAGCAGCAAGCUCGCCGCCCUUCCGUCGCUGAAGUCGUCGACGAGCAGGUUCGCCGCAAGUCUGUCGACAACCGUGUCGUCACUGGAGCUUCUGCUCUUACGGUCCGCCAAUCCAUCGUUCCCGUCACUUUGGUCACGAUCCUCUUCUUCAUGUGGGGAUUCGCCUACGGUCUUCUCGAUGUCCUCAACUCUCGCUUCCAGGUCGCUCUUGACAUCACUCGUGGAGAGUCGUCUGGUCUCCAGGCUGCCUACUUCGGUGCUUACUUCAUCGGUCCUUUGACAUACUCGGGAUGGUUCCUCCGCAAGUUCGGUUACCGUUACACCUUCAUUCUCGGUCUCUCCAUCUACUGCGUCGGUGCUCUCAUGUUCUGGCCUGCGGCUGUCAAGCGAAGCUUCGGUGGCUUCUGCGGUGCCAUGUUCCUCGCUGGUUCUGGUCUGUCUACUCUCGAGACUUCUGCCAACCCUUACAUCGCUGUUUGCGGUCCUCCCAAGUACUCCGAGUUCCGUCUUGAGUUGUCUCAGUCCGUUCAGGCUGUUGGCUCCGUCGUUGCUCCCGUCCUCGCUGCUCAGGUCAUCUUCAAGAACGUUGGUACCGACGGAAAGUCUCUCGAGGCUGUCCAAUGGGUCUACCUUGGUAUUGCUGGCUUUGUCGGUAUCCUCGCCGUUGUCUUCUACUUCGCACCUAUUCCUGAGAUUACCGACUCCGACAUGGCCGACCAAGCCGAGAUGACCACUGCUGCUACCGGCUACGUCGACAAGCCUCUCCGUAAGCAGUACACUCUCUUCUGGGGUACCGCCGCUCAGUUCUCUUACGUCGCUGGUCAAGUUGGUGUUGCUGCCUACUUCAUUAACUACUUCGCGGAAGCACGCCCUGAUCUAUCAGUUACCGAAGGUCACCACGAGGGAGCCAACUUCUACGCCAUCGCCCAAGCCCUUUUCGCCAUCGGACGUUUCGCAGCCGCCGGACUCAUGUACUACGGCGGCAAGCCCCGUUACGUCCUCCUUGCCUUCCAGACCUUGAUCAUGAUCUUCAUCAGCGCUGCGAUCGGCACCAACACUGGCAGCGCCACCCGUCCCAACUGGGGAGGUCUCAGCAUGCUGAUGAUCGUUCUGUUCUUCGAGUCCUGCAUCUUCCCCAUCAUCUUCGCCCUUACACUCCGCGGUCUCGGACGCCACACCAAGCGCGGUGCUUCUUUCCUCGUUUCCUCCGUCUGCGGUGGUGCCGUUGGCCCCGUCAUUCUCGGCAAUGUUGCUGACCGCAUCGGUACCCGGAAGGCUAUGUGCAUCCCGCUCAUCUUCUUCGCGAUUGCCUGGUCUUACCCCAUCUACCUCAACAUGGUCAAGGGCGCCGAGCUCGAUGCUUACAGCGAGAGCCAUGUUGGUACCACUGAUGGUGCUAUUGACAACGACUCUGUGCUUGCUGGCAAGGACGUUGAGGCCCGCAUGUUUGAGACCAAGGUCUAAAUGUGUGUGCUUUGAUACUAUUGGGUGGGGUUACUUUUGGAUUAGAUGAUACCUAUGAGGCUUGAACGAUGAUAGCGCGGCGUUUAUGAUGGGAUGAUCGGACUUCGCUUGGUCGGGCGGAGUCUUGUAUAUACCACGACUUCUUUGUGCAUAUAUAGACUUGCAUAUCUGUUUAUAAGAAUCACUAAACUUUACCACUUUACCACUUAUCUUCUGCUCGUCAUAUGCCAUACGCGAGACCUCAAUUGCCUACACCGAAAGUUGAGAGUUUGACAGGUGCAUCUUAUCUUCUUGUAAAGAAUAUGCUGAUUUCUUUCAACGUCCUCACUAUUCAUUCGAAGUAGC